AGUCUUUGUACUGGUGUCAAUGUGAAAACUUCAUUUUUUUUUCUUCUUUGCCUUAUCUUUCUUUUUCCCAAUAAUUCCGACCCCUCUUAUACGUUUGGUUCCACAUAGUCUUUUUUUUUUUUUUUGACAAAUAUGUCCAAUAAAUUUGGCUCCCUUUCUUAUAAUAGAAGUACCUUGAUCUUAUAAGAUAAGUCUUGUGAGCUAGCUACAGUUACAAUUCACAAAGCCUCAGCAAGAAUUCCUCUUCUUGUAGUAGGAUUCAAAGUAUGGCUUUGGCUUCUUCUUUUGUUUGCUUUUUUCUAUCUCUUCUUCUGAUCUUAGUUCAGACAAAGGGAAAAAAUGAUUCAACUUGUCCCAAGUCCUUUUCAUGUGGAAAUCUUACUAGUUUGAGCUUUCCUAUCUCUCUAUCCACACAACCUGAAUGUGGAAUAAUGCCCAUUUCUGGUUGUGACGCUAAACCAAGAAUCCAAUUGCUUCCUGGAGGAGAUUCAUUCUAUGCAUUCUGCAAUCCGUAUAACUAUACAGUUGGUCUAAUUGACCUGGAGUUUCAAACAAUAUUGAGCAAAAACAAGUGCCAGGCUUUUAACAAAAAUUUCCCCCUAAAUCUAAUGUCAAAUCUAAGCUCUCCUUCUAUUUCUUUCGAACUCAUCACAUUGAAUAUUGGCAACUUCUUCAAAUGCAACAUUACCAGUAGUACCCAGAAGAAGAUCAACCAUUUUGCUGGUUAUAAAACGUACAAUGGCUGUAAAGGCUUUAGCAUAUACUACCAGCUUCCCGGAGAUUAUGAUAAAGACCAUCGAGCAGGAAAUCUUCCUGCCAACUGUUCACUUAUCAGAUUGCCAGUUAACUGGACGUCAUAUAAUGGUGGUUUGUUCCACUUUUUAAGUCCCCUUUUUUACUUACAAUGGAAACUCUCUGAUGACUGUAAUAAAUGUCACUAUGACGGAGGUCAAUGCCAGACUGAUAAAACCAACAAAAUAUUUCGUUGUACACAUCCAAAUAAUCCAUAUGCUCAAGGUCAUCAAAAAAAUACUCCACAUGCUCAAGAUGCAAAAACGACUAGAAGAAAGUUCAGACUGACUGUGGGAGCAGUUUUUGGUGGAUCAGGAUUGGUGAUGAUUUGUUUAGUUGUUUACUUUAUCUGGUGUUACAAGAAGAGGAAAUUUAGUCCAUCCCGCUUCCUCUCAACAAAGAAACUCUCGGAUAUUUUUAAACAUGAUGUUGAGAGAGGCAGUAUAUACUUUGGUGUCCUAGUUUUCUCUUAUUCAGAACUUGAAGAAGCCACAAAUGAUUUCAAUUCCUCUAGAGUCCUUGGAAAUGGAGGUUUUGGAACUGUUUACUAUGGGAAACUUAAGGAUGGAAGAGAAGUUGCUGUAAAGCGCCUCUAUGAGCACAACUGCAAACGAAUGCAGCAGUUUGUAAAUGAAAUUGAGAUACUUACUAGAUUGAGAGACACCAAUCUUGUCACCCUCUAUGGCUGCACUUCAUGGCGAAGCCGUGAACUACUCCUUGUCUAUGAAUAUAUUCCUAACGGAACUCUUGCUGAUCACCUCCAUGGUGACAAAGAGAAGGACAAAUCACUCGCGUGGCCAGUACGCAUGAACAUUGCCAUAGAAACUGCUGGUGCAUUGGCUUACCUUCAUUCUUCUGAUGUAAUACACUGCGAUGUGAAGACUAAUAACAUACUCCUUGAUCACAACUUUAGUGUUAAAGUUGCAGAUUUUGGAAUUUCAAGGUUCUUCCCAAAUGAUGUCUCUCAUAUUUCAACUGCACCCCGCGGGACCCCUGGCUAUAUUGAUCCAAAGUAUCACGAAUGUUACCAACUAACUAGUAAAAGUGAUGUCUAUAGUUUCGGGGUGGUCCUUGUUGAACUUAUUUCAUCAAUGCUAGCUGUGGAUAUGAAUAGGCAUAGCCAAGAGAUCAAUUUGGCUAACUUUGCAAUAAACAAGAUUGUAAAAUGUGCAUUUCACGAGUUGAUCGAUCCAUCUUUGGGUUUCGAUUUAGAUACCAAGAUUUGGGAAAUGACUACUUCAGUGGCAGAGCUGGCUUUUCUGUGCUUGCAGACAGAUAGGGACACAAGGCCUACCAUGGUUGAAGUUUUGGAUACUCUAAAGGAGAUUCAGACUAGUGAAUUUGACAAUGAGAAAAAAGCUGAGUCUAAUCUCAAUGGCAAUGAAGCUAAAGUAGUAGCAACUCCUCCUUUCCCUGAAUCACAAGAUAUUUUAUUGUUGAAGCAAGUUAAAUCACUACCUUCACCAAAUUCUGUGACUGAUAAAUGGAUUACUUGCUCUGAUAUAACUAGUACAAAGUAGUUAAAAGUAUAUACCCUUUCUUUGUUAAUUUAUGUAAAUUUUGAGAGACUGCAAAUGUACAACUGUGAGAAGUCUCCUUGAGAGCUAUGUAUCUAUGACUGGGAGUGAUUCAAUUUGAUAUCCAUAUCAGCACCAAUAAGAAAACAAUGGGUUAGAAAUGUCCAAAAUUUCUUACUUUUUACCGUUAUC